AUGUCCUUAUCUAAUUCACUUGAUGAAAACAUUUUCUACGAUACACCUCAGGAUUUACUUUACACUUGUGAACAACUCACAGUGAAUUCCAGUCACAUUUUCAAAGUACACUGUGUUGUGUCUAAAGUUCUCGGUGUAUGGUCAGCCUAUUUAUUACCGAUUGUAUGUGGACUUGGUUUAAUUAUACACUGUCUUCUGAUAAUGAUUAUAUUAGAACGUUUAAAUUCUAUACCACGUCAAUUAAUCUAUACUGUUUGUUUGAGUUGUUCCAAUAUAUUGACAAACAUUUUAUUUGGUUGGUUAUGGUUAUUUCCCGCUAAAGGUUUACCAUAUGCAACCAACGGACAAAUUUAUUAUUUCUUAUUUAAUGUGUCAAGAAUUGCUUGUCGUUUGUGUCGUUUCACCUAUUCACUGAGUACAACAUUUACAAGCAAUUUAAUAUUAUGCUCAGCUAUUGAUCGUUGUUUGAGUAUAUUUUUACCGGUAAAAUUUUUAAAUUUGCCAAAUCGUUAUGCAUGGUAUAUAUGCUUAGCUGUUUUAUUUAUCAGUAGUAUAAUGAUGUGUCCACUUUUAUUUGUCAUGGAUUGGAUACAAGUUGGACCAUUUUAUAUUUGUUGGAUGGAAGAAUCAUUAUUUCAAUUACAAAUUUAUCAUACAAUAUUUGCUAAUUUAGGUCUAAUACAAAGUAUUUUAAUUGUUAUGGUCAAUAUCGCUUUCAUCGCUCGUCUUAAAAUACAAAAUAAACAAAGACAUUAUGCUAUGGUUUAUACUAAGAAAGAAUUAAAAUACAUAUCUAUGUCUAUUAUUUUGUUAGCAUUUUCAAUGUCAUAUGUAUUGACUGCGUUACCUCAAACUGUAGUAUACUUACUGGCAUUUCUGUGGUCGUAUUCACUUGAGAAUUUUAAUGAAGAAUAUGAAGUAUGGAUAAGACUAAUGUACAAUGGGGCAGAUAUCGGUUGGAAUCUUCAUUUUACACGAGAAUUAAUUGAUUUAUUUAUGUAUUUUGUUUAUUUAAAGCCAUUACGUCGAAUAUUAUUGAGCAAAAUUCGAAAAAUUAUUAAUGCUGCUCGUCUAUGGAAUUCGAUUUCAUCAUCGAGAUCGUAA